ACUGGAGCGAGCUAGCACAGAUGAUGCACCUGUCUCAGGGAAAGGACUAACACAGGUGUGUUGGAACUUGGGCUACUGCCAGAGCUAGAUUAUGAGCUCAUUUGAUCCACAGAUACAUUCACCUCCACGCUGCAGCCCGCAAUUUCCAAGCAUCGGCCAGGAACCACCUGAAAUGAACAUCUACUAUGAAAAUUUCUUCCACCCACAGAACGUUCCUAGUCCACAACGGCCCACCAACUUUGAAACAGGGGACUACUCCGCGGCACCCAAUCCUUACUUGUGGCUAAACGGACCUUCCAUUAAUUCUCCACCUUACCUGCCAGGAUCCAAUGGCAGUCCCUACAUCCCACCAGCCUAUGGAAUGCAAAGGCAGCUCUUGCCCAACAUGCAUGGCUUGACAGCGAAUGAAAUGGGCUGGCUCCCUAUGCCUUCUCAAGAGGAGCUGAUGAAGCUGGUCAGGCCACCUUAUUCCUACUCUGCCCUGAUUGCCAUGGCCAUCCAUGGGGCGCCAGACAAGAGGCUGACGCUCAGUCAGAUCUACCAGUACGUGGCAGACAACUUUCCCUUCUACAAUAAAAGCAAGGCUGGUUGGCAGAACUCCAUUCGUCACAACCUGUCCCUCAAUGACUGUUUCAAGAAGGUGCCCCGGGAUGAAGAUGAUCCAGGGAAAGGCAAUUACUGGACUCUGGAUCCAAACUGUGAGAAGAUGUUUGACAAUGGAAAUUUUCGGCGAAAAAGGAAGAAGAAAUCUGAUUGUAGUGCCAGCACGGCGACUUUGGCUUCUGACAAAUCAGAGGACAGUGCCUUAAGUGGCAGCCCCAAGGUUCCAGAACAGCAAGAUAUUUUGGAAAACUCAUCGGGAACUGAGAGUUCACCUGAAAAGAGAUCUCCACCACCAUCAUCCACUACUCCCUGUCUCAACAAUUUUCUCUCCAGCAUGACAGUUUACAUGAACGGGUCCAAUUCAGUGAACCGCUCGGUGCCCCUCGGACUUGUCACUGAUGCUGGGGACAAAAUGGGACAGAAUAUGGUAGGCUUCAACACAUACACGCCUCUUCCCAGUCAUGGGGGUGGUGAAUGGUCCAAUUCCAUGUCCUCUGGUCAUCUUGGCUAUAGCAGUUCAGUGCUUAACCAGUUCAACAGCAGUUUCUACAACAGCCUGCCUGUCAAUAAUACUCUGUAUGCAAGAGAGGGAACUGAGGUGUAAGCACAUGGAGACCUUGUGACAGGAAGAGUCUUGUGAAGUCAGAAUGAGGAACUAUGUCAGGGAAAGGACUUCAUAUGAGUUACCCUCUUCCCCAUUUUUCUUAGACAGACCAAAGUUUCUCUACUAGCGUGUUUCCAGGCAGUGAUGUUCAUAGAAUCCAGUGGCUUCAAAUCAUACAAAGACUCAUAAAAAUUAUAAAGAAGAGCAUAUCCUUUUCACUUUCACAUUAGUCAAUCAGAAAUAAUUUGUUUCAGGCUUUUUGACAUUAAAGCAGAACAGAGUGAUCGCUUCAGACAUAAAUCUACCUUUCAAAAAUCCACCCUCUUUUUGCUUUCUCUGCUUUCCAUUCGAACACAAGCAUACCAUGAAGUAAAGCAUGGUGAUAUUCACUAAUUGGGUUGAAUUAGUUGGACUUUCUUCUUAUCUGAAAACAUGGCAUGAUCUAGCUGAUAUUAAGUAUGCUUUAUAGCUCACUUAUUGGAUGGGAGAAAGCUUAUGCUUCUCAUCUGCUAAAAAAAUACUUACAUUUUUACUUUUUACUACUGAAAUUUACUAUUUUAUCAGUGUAAAGUGACACGCAGAGAAGAAAACAAAGUGACGGAAGUGUUCUUAAAUAAGAAUAUAUAUAAAUAAAAACGUGACUUUUUAUCAUCCGAUUUUUUGGUUUACAGAUAUCGCGUAAAAAAAACAAACCUGGAAAACUCAAUUUAAUUUUCAGUCAGGUGAAUUUAAUCAAAAGUGUCCUAAUCACCAAAAGCAAGGAUAUGUGAUGUAUACAAUGUUAGAUGGUAGUUGAAAAACAAACUGUAGAGUUUCUGAGUUAUAAAAGCCCAAGCUCUUGCUUUUAAAAACAAGGUUUAGUUUGGGUUCGGUGUAGGCAGAGAAUGCUAUUGUUAUGAAGUAUAUUAGAAAAGCUCUCCUGGAAGAUAUAAAAGAUAAGAUACCACACUUCUAAACAUAUGUACGCAUAUAUUUUAUCAACACCUGACAACUCAUGAGGAAAUUGCUAUUAAAUCUGCCUUUUUUUCUUUUCUAAGCUCUAAUCUGUGCUUGUACUUAAAAACCUAUGCUUUCCUUAUGCGUUAUAUAAUGUUGGCUAAAGUUAGGGUGGGAAGUCAUGUUUCUAUCAAGGGCUAAAAUUGGAUGGUGAAAAUCUGUUGCAGGGAGCCCUUUGAUUUUCCAUAGCAAGAAUCAAAACUAUUUGGGUUUACUCCUUAAUGCCUUCUUAUGCUCUCCUUCUUCCUCUCACCCAUGAUGUCAGCAUAGAUUUUUUUCCCUCCAGUGUUUGAUUUUGAAGCCUUAGAAACAGUCUUAUUAGAUUGAAAAACAUUGCACAGCCCUGUCAAAAAUGUGUAGCCGUUGCAUGUGACAAUCCUCGUGAGGCUUCAGUGGUGCUUACAUUUGAUCCAGUAAAAGUCCAAAGGAGUGUAAAUGCCCUCAGGUGAAU